AGGCAGGGUCCAGGUGUCCCCGCCCGCUGGGUGGAGCGCUGCACCUGUCCUCAGGGUUACCACGGACAACACUGUGAGCAGUGCACUCUGGGAUACCGCCGCGCCCGCCCGGAGCUCGGCGCCUUCAGCUCCUGUGAGCCCUGCAACUGCAACGGACACAGCGAGGCCUGCAACCCCGACACAGGAGCGUGUGACUGCCGGGACAACACGGCCGGCCUGAGCUGCGAGCGCUGUAAGGACGGUUAUUAUGGCGACGCCACCCAGGGGACGCCCGCGGACUGUCAGCCGUGUCCCUGUCCAGCAGGAGCCACCUGCGCCGUCGUCCCCAAAACCAGAGAGGUGGUGUGCACCAAUUGUCCCACCGGAACCACAGGUAAGCGCUGCGAGCUGUGCGACGACGGCUUCUUCGGCGACCCCCUGGGUCAGAGCGGCCCGGUGCGAGCCUGCCGCGCCUGCAAGUGCAGCGACAACAUCGACCCCAACGCCGUCGGCAACUGCAACCGCGAGACCGGAGAGUGCCUCAAGUGCAUCUACAACACCGACGGCUUCUUCUGCGACCGCUGCAAGGAGGGUUUCUACGGCAACGCCCUGGCAACCAACCCCGCCGACAAGUGCAAAC